CCGCAGCCGUGAAGCAACAGCGAGGGCAGGGCCGGGCACCAUGGCCGAGUGCACGGAGCUGGAAUGGGCCGUGCAGGUGCUGGUGAACAACUUCGACAAGUACUCGAGCCGCUGCUGCUGCUGCAAGAACCCGCGGCGCAUCAGCAAGAAGGAUUUCCGCAAGAUGCUCAGCCGCGAGCUCAACCACAUGCUGACGGACACGGGGAACCGCCGCGCCGCCGACAAACUCAUCUGUGACCUGGAUGAGAACAAGGACGGGCGCAUCAGCUUCGAGGAGUACUGGACCUUGAUAGGCGGCAUCGCCAGCCCCAUCGCGCAGAUCAUCCGCCAGCAGGAGCAGAGCGUCAAACACACCAAGUAGACGCUGCUGGA